AAACACAACCCUGCGACCCUGGCCGCGCAGGCCUUAAUUAAAGAAAGCGGAGAGGGGUCAGAGGACAGCAUUCAAAUGCCUGAUUUUGAUACAGAGACCUUGUCAACCCGGAUCACCAAAUCAGAUCUAAAUGAAGCACUAGAUGCGCAAUCAAAUAAACGUAUCAAUAUUUGGCAACACACAGCAGAUUCCCUGCGCAAAGACAUACAGAUUGGGAAGCUGACAUCCCAUAUGGAGGACAAAUGCGACAAAUUUGCGACUUAG